AAAGUUUUAGUCCUGGUUGUUAUCGUUGGAGCCGCCUUGGCUGCGAACAACAACAAUAACAACAACAAUAAUAACAACAACAAUAACAACAACAAUAACAACAACGGCAAUAACAACUAUUGGAAUUGUAACCCAUGGAGCAACAGCUGGGGUCAGGAAGUUGUAGAGUUAGCUGAGCGUCAAUUGGCUAACAACAAUAACAACAACAAUAACAACAACAAUAACAACAGCAACAACAACAACAACAACAAUAACAACUUCAACAACCCUCACUAUGCCAACUGGUUCUGUGGCAACUGCUACAAUAAUAACAACAACAACAACAACUACUGCCCUAAAAAGAUCAAAACAAGUUGCGGUUCAUUUGGUUGGGCAUGUAACCCGGAAUCUAGAAACAGUUACUGUAUCGGAGUGUGGAAUGUUUGUGACGGUGUAUGGAACUGUCCCGGAGGAACUGAUGAACAGGGCUGUUACAACUAGAGUGCCAUGUGGAAGAUUUGGGUUCAAGUGCGGUUCAUUGAGCUUCUGUAUUCCAAUCUGGAGGGCUUGUGACGGCUACACCCACUGCCCUAACGGAGCAGACGAGAGUGGGUGCCCGGUUAUUAGGAAGACAUGCAAAGCUUGGUAACUCACCAUGGAACCCCCUUCUGAGUGGACAUUUUGAUAAGAUGGUUUUUGUUCUGUGUUGGACUUGGUAGCGAGUUUAAUAGACUUCUGCGCUUAUUUCUGAUGAA